AUGCCCCCUCCAACUGAAUACUCGACUAGUUCAGAGAGCCGCUACAAGGAGAAGUCGAGCCCAUCCGAAGUACACUCUGGUUAUUCUGUCGAUCAUGAGAAUCGACACGAUGAUCGCAGGGUUUUCGAACGAGAAAGAUCAAAUACAUCAGACGGACAAUCUGCACAAGACUCACGAGACCUGCACCGAUUAUCUGUCAGCUCUCUUCUCUCUGGACCACCAGGAAUUCCUCAAUUAAGUGAUCGAUCAAAUGACCGAAUAUACCAUCCAACAUCCGAUGUGCAAGAUUGGCUUCCGCAAUAUCAAGACCAGUAUCAAGAUACGACGACUUGGGGCAUCGAUCGAGGGUUCAAGGAUCUCGAUAUACCCAGGAACGAUGACCACAAUGCUAUCUCGGGGGCUUCACCAGUAGCUUUGAGAGACCAUCUCGAGCUAGUAUAUGAUCGUGGGACACCAGCAGAGUUUGGUUUUGGCAUGGAGACGUACAACACGGCUUUCGAUAGUGGAAAUUAUUACGACAAGCCAGUGCCAAUCAACAUACCUCGAGCUCUGGACCCUCUGCCAACCAAGUUGCUUGAGAAUCCUAUGAAUCUACUCCACCAUUUUCUUAAUCACACUGCCGGCUGCCUGAUUCCACACAACUGCUCCUCCAAUCCCUUCAAGAGUAUCCUGCCCCAGAUGGCUGUACGAGAUGACAACUUACUCAAUCUCCUUCUUGCCUACUCUGCGUCUCACCGAGCACGUCUGCUUCGUCAACCUGAACCUGCUACCCGAAUUGCGAUCUACAUGCGAGACACAUUUCCGAAUCUCCGACGAGCUCUUGAUGACCCGAGCGAGGUCAUCUCAAAUUCCACGCUCGCUACAGCUAUAAUGCUUGCCUCGCUAGAAAUCAUCUCACCCACAGCAUUUGGCAUCGAAGUCCCUUGGCAAUCGCAUCUUGGCAUCGCUCGGGAAAUUAUUGCUGUUCGAGGAGGCCCCCAAAACAUGAGAAGUGUCGCUCUCAAUAACAAAGUUGUGAAUUUCCUUUGGAGUUGGUUCGCAUACCUGGACGUCUUAGGUAGUCUUAGCGGCGGGAAAGGCAACGCUUCAUGGAUAUUCGAUUACGAAUGUCGCGAAGAGAACGAAUAUGCCAUCGAUUGUAUCCUGGGAUUCACCAGUAGAUGCGUCCGACUCCUAGCCAAGAUUGCAGAGCUUUCCCGUGCCUGCGAUAGUGAACGAAUAGGCCCCGACCUUGAGGAAAGACCAGAUUGGAAGCCUUCCGAAAAUACUUUGGCCAGCGCACAGAAGCUAGAGGCAGAGCUGGUGGAGUCUCGCGUCCAUCCGAUUCAGCCAUGCACCCACAUGCAAUCUACUGGUGAAGCUGCCUAUCAGUGGGAUACUAUCGAGAUGGCAGCUACGAAUGAAGCCUUUCAUUGGGCUGGUCUUGUGCAUCUGCAUCGCCGCAUCCUAGGAAAACCGUCGACACAUGAUGACGUCCAGCAAGCGGUUCGAGAGAUAUGUGGUGCCCUCUACAAAGUUCGAAGAGGCAGCAGUGCUGAUGUCUGCCUAUUGUUUCCCAUGUUCACCGCGGGUUGCGAGACCCAAGAUGAAAAGCAGAGAGCAGAUAUUCUAGAACGUAUGAUGCGUGUGGAAACGUUUGGUAUGACCCAAGUUCACAAAGCUCGUACAUUAAUGGAACGAGUCUGGGACACUGGCAAACCUUGGGAAACUUUAGUUGCUGGAGAAUUCUUUGGCUGA